CCGGAUACCCGAACCAAACUUUCACCUACCCAAACCAAACCCAAACCGAACUGAUCUGGUUUAAAUUCUAAUACCUUUUACUUCAAACCCGUCCUAAACUCGAACUAACCCGACCCGGAUACCCGAAGACUGCCGAAUGCGCCAUGCUCAUCUCCGAAGGAUUACAAUUUACAACUAGUCAACUACGAGCUUUGUCGUUCCGACAAUGGUGAAAUUACUAAAGAACGCAGAAUCCUCAAACAAACUGUGAUCAGACAUUGUUGGUGUCUGUAAGCAAGAGAAUGAGCAUCACGACGAAACUUGCACGCUCCAAUGCGUUUAAACCAAUCCCAAACUUUGUGAGAAGCUCUCUACGCAACGCCUGCGCCGAGUCAAGUAAAAACACAGAGUCGUCUCAUCCUUAUAAACCCAAGAAGCAUCACAUUUUAGCAACAAAUCUAAUAGUUUCGUAUUUCGAAAAAGGCUUAGUCGAAGAAGCACGCUCACUGUUCGACGAAAUGCCUGAGAGAGACGUAGUAGCUUGGACCGCAAUGAUCACCGGUUACGCUUCUUCCAACUACAACGCUCGCGCUUGGGAGUGUUUUCAAGAGAUGUUUAGGAAAGGAACGAGUCCAAAUGAGUUCACGCUCUCGAGCGUUCUGAAGUCUUGUAGAAACAUGAAGGUUUUGGCUUAUGGUGCUUCUGUUCAUGGGGUUGUUGUUAAACUUGGUAUGGAAGGUUCUCUGUAUGUUGACAAUGCUUUAAUGAAUAUGUACGCUACUUGUUCUGUAACAAUGGAGUCGGCUUGUUUGAUUUUUCGGGAUAUUAAGGUGAAGAAUGAUGUUACAUGGACUACUCUAAUCACCGGGUUUACACAUUUGGGUGAUGGCAUUGGCGGUUUAAAGAUGUAUAAGCAAAUGUUUCUGGAGAAUGCUGAUGUGACGCCUUACUGUAUAACCAUAGCGGUUAGAGCUUCCGCUUCAAUUGAUUCUGUUACAACCGGCAAGCAAAUUCAUGCAUCAGUGAUUAAACGCGGGUUUCAGUCUAACCUCCCGGUGAUGAACUCUAUACUGGACUUGUAUUGCAGGUGUGGGUAUUUACCAGAGGCGAAACGCUAUUUCAAUGAGAUGGAAGAUAGAGAUCUGAUCACAUGGAACACUCUUAUUUCUGAACUCGAGAGAUCAGACAGCAGUGAAGCUCUGCUCAUGUUUCAGCGGUUUGAAUCACAAGGCUUUGUGCCUAGUUGUUACACUUUCACAAGCUUAGUUGCUGCAUGUGCUAAUAUAGCAGCGUUGAACUGUGGCCAGCAACUUCAUGGACGGAUUUAUAGAAGAGGGUUUAACAAGAACGUUGAGUUAGCUAAUGCUUUGAUCGAUAUGUAUGCUAAAUGUGGCGACAUACCUGACUCUCAGAGAGUAUUUGGAGAAAUCAUAGAGAGGAGGAAUCUUGUGUCUUGGACUUCGAUGAUGAUUGGGUACGGAUCACAUGGUUAUGGAGCACAAGCUGUUGAGCUUUUCGACAAGAUGGUUUGUUCAGGUGUUAGACCUGACCGGAUUGUGUUCAUGGCGGUUUUGAGCGCUUGCCGCCAUGCUGGUCUAGUGGAGAAAGGAUUGAAGUACUUUAAAGAGAUGGAAAGCGAGUAUGGUCUUACUCCAGACCGAGAUAUUUACAACUGUGUAGUGGAUUUGCUUGGAAGAGCUGGAAAAAUAGGUGAGGCUUAUGAAUUGGUUGAGAAGAUGCCGUUUAGGCCAGAUGAAUCCACGUGGGGAGCGAUUCUUGGUGCUUGUAAAGCUCAUAAGCAUACGGGAUUGAUAAGUAGAUUAGCUGCAAAAAAGGUUAUGGAGUUGAAACCGAGAAUGGUGGGGACUUAUGUUAUGCUUUCGUACAUCUAUGCAGCAGAAGGGCAGUGGGUUGAUUAUGCGAGAGUGAGGAAGAUGAUGAGGAUGAUGGGGAACAAAAAAGAAGCCGGUAUGAGCUGGAUCCAGGUCGAAAACCAGGUUUUUAGCUUUGCUGUGAGUGACAAAAUGUGUCCUAAUGCGAGUUCUGUGUAUUCAGUCUUAGGGCUAUUGAUAGAAGAGACCAAAGAAGCUGGCUAUGUUCCUGACUUAGACUCCUUAGUUCAUGAUCAAGAAGUCGGAACUUAAACAUGAUAUCAUAAUCUGGUUCUUGAUUUCGUCGUGAUCGAGUAAAAUGGAGAGGAUUUGGUAUAUUAAUGCGCUAGUGCUGUUGUUUGUUGUUAAGUUGUCGGUUGGAUUGAUGCUCAACGGCUUUUUCCGCUUAUUCAAUGACGCAAGACACAACUAACAAAGAUCACGAAAGUUAAUAUGAAUGACAUCAAAGGAUUGUUGAAGACCACUGAAACUGACAGUACCUGGACAAGUCUCUUUUAGGUAUGGCUCUAUGCAUACAUAUGGUAUUGGUGACUGUCCUACUUUUUAAAGAACAUACAUCACCAUACCUCGAUUUAGAUCAGGUAAUGGCAAAUUUUGGUAGCAGGAGAAUUUUAAUAUGUCUUAGUGGAUCAAGUGUUGUUGGCCUAUUUAUAAUACAUCUCUUCUUUCUUGUGAUUUAUGAUAGCUUCCAAGAAACUUUUAGAAAUCGUUGGCUAUGGAAUAGUAACCUCUGAGUUUCCUUUAUUAAAAGCAAAAGAUAUUGCUUUCUGUUGUAAUGUUAACAUCAGAAGCUGUCCACAAGGUUCAGAUCUAGACAAUUAAGAACCUUACCUUUUUUUCCAUAGGUUUUUGAUAAUACAGAAUCUACUUUUUUAAAGGAUAUUGAUUUUAUAGAUAUCUUUAGAUCCAAAUCUGAAAUUGUAUUAUCUUAUUGAUAAAGGAAAUUAAGCAGAAAGUAAAACAUGAUUAGAAGGAUAAAUAGAGAGAGACUAAGCAUCAGUGACUGCAACAGCUUCUUUGACAUUGUUCUUCUCAAUUGCAGGCUUCUCAACCUCAGGAACAAUAAAAGCAGACACUGGGAAAGUCCUGGACAGACCGGUCGGUGUCUUGAAAUUGAUCUUCCCUGAACUAAUCGGCUCCUCCAAGACAAGCUCAUUGAGAGUGACCC